AUGAGCACCACGACGAAAAGCUUACAAACACAUCAGCAAACGAGUCGACUUGACUUUCUGUUUGAAGCAGGCCAUACCAUGCUGAGCCAAUGUCCAUCUCUGAGUCGAUAUUACAUGAAUGAAUUCCAAAACACACUGACAGAAUACGAACUAACUGCACACAAGCCAAUCGCAAGACUAAGCUGCAAAAGCUGUGGACAAAUCAAUGUACCUGGUCUCAACCAUCGAAUUGAGAUCAUUCAUCAGCAAUCUAAAAAGCAAAAUAAGACCAAAAAGACAAUACAAUCUAAAAAUACAAUUAAAUCGACAUGUUUAACGUGCGGUAACACAAGUUUGUAUCAUGGCUCCAACAAGAAAAAGAUGCCCAAGCUCAAUAUGCAACAAGAACCUGUGAUAGCAACUGUUAAACCCAUCACUACUACGCCUGCCACCACUAGCGUUGGUACACCGACAGCAGAACCACUCAAAAAGAAGAAGAACAAGGGCAAAAAGAACAAUUUGAAGGCAUUGCUCAACAAACAGCAAAAUUCAGGCAACAGCAGCAGUAAUGGCACCGGUGGAUUGGGCGAUUUUCUGUCCUCUCUUUAG